UCUAUCUGAGCGUUGUCUUUGCGAGUUAGCCAUUUGCAAUCGUGCGGUCUUUUUCAAUAUGUAGCCGCCCCAAUUACAUAUGUAUUUUGUCUGUGGAUAUAUGUACGAUGUAUAUAGGAUAUACACAUUUGUACAUACAUAUGAACAAUGCCUAUUUCUCCAGCUUUCGUUACAGUAGUUUUGAGAACUAAGUGUAUCUAAGUGUUAACGUGAAUAUUGAGGGCACAAAACAAAAUAGCAUAGCAAAGAAAAAAAACUCAUUGUAAAUAAGACAUGGAAAAAAGUUAUAAAAGUGACCAGAAGAUCGCGGAGAAUUCGUUGUCGCGCUUUUCAUCUUGCGCAACCGGUCAGGACUCUUUCUACUGAACAUUCUAUUGUUAUUUUAUAUACGUUUCUAUGUACAGAUAUGCCACUUUUGCCCAUACAAAAGUUUUGAAAUAAAACGACCACUUUAUAAAGAAUAUAAAAACGAAAUGAUUCAAUCAAAUUUGCAUUUGCCAAUUAAAUACGACAGCGGAAGACGAUAGUGCCAAUUAGCAUUGCCACGACGACGAUCUAUGGGUACAAUUUGUUCCUUGUCAGCUGCACUAAGUUGUAACAUUGCUUAUAGAUUUCCUAUCUAUGAAAUGGAGCAUUUAGAUCUGGCCGGCUAUCUUGGCCACGCUCCUCAAAGUUGGAAUACUCUGGGAACCUUUCAGGAGCAAGAUGCUGUUUACCUAUCUAGCUCGCGACAAAUGUUGGAACCAAUCUUGGAGGAGACUAGCGAGGAUGAGGAACGUGCCCGAAGUAGCUUCAUUGUAAGCCUAGAUCACCGCUCCACCCUCUGGAGCUCUACGGAGUCUGAAACUGGAUCAGUCUUACGCAUAGAAACGAUUAAGGAUGUCGAUGCUGUUUCUGAGAGGGACUUUGUCUGCCCACCCAAGCGACCAAGGCGCAGCCAUGACUUAAAUUCUGGCCAGAUUCCAGAGGAUUGCGUGCAACUUCGCCGCCCUAUGUCUUACGAUCCCGAGUACCACAAUAGCUUUGAACGCUUUCUGGCUUUGGAGGCAUGUGCUCGCGAUAGCUUCGGAAGCCAGGGCCAACGCAGCAGUAUAGGUAGUAGGCGGGGGGGCACCUUCGACGAUUUUUAUUCCGACAGGGACUCCGCCCACUCGCUAUCUCGCAGCUCCUCCCUGGUACAGUUCGAGUCCUUGGAACGCCAGCUCACGCUCCAGGAGCAGCAUCAGAGUAUGAACAGUCUGGGCAACAGUUCGCCCUCGCUCACCUGCGAGUCUGGUGCGGCAACGCGGGCCAGGACCAGGGACAGCAGUCCAGACAGUAGGAAGGGAUCAGCCCCGACGCUGUCCCUGCUAAAGCGUUAUGAAUCCAGCGACUGUAGUCGUUUGCACCAGACAUACUAUGAGCUGAACAAUCUCAAUUUUGAAUAUAAGCAGCAGCAGGAACUUCUCUCUAGAAGCCUGCGAGAGACGAAGCUAAAAUCUGAGGGCUCCUCUAGCUCCAGCUCGUCCAGCGAUAGCAGUGGUCACAGCCUUCUAAGCUCUUGCCUUGUUCCCGAUGGUGCUGUUGCAACGGAAGGGGGGAAACAGGAUGGGGUAUCCUCUCGGCGAAUUCCCCCCAACUCAGCUGAGAACCUGUCCGAGGACUCCGGGUACUGCGAGCCACGUACCCUAAAGCGGGAAAAGUCCAAAUCCAUACCAAAGAAUUUCGACAAACUUUGCGAAGAGGAGGAGGAGCUGCUGUUACUGGAGGAGGGCGCCCCGCAUUCUCGCGACUUCAAAGACGAGCAUGAUUUGUGUCAGACCGAAAUAGAGCAGACUGCGGAUACGGCUGCAUUAGCAUGCUCUCCGUCGUCUAUAAAUAGUUCCCCGGAGAGGGCCAGCUCUGAAUCGGAAUCGGCAUCGCCGCUGCCAUCGCCGACCGGAUCGGCAUCAACGUCGUCUGCCGCCUCGUUCACUUGGCUACACAACAGUUUGCCAGAUAUCCGCGAGCCACGAGGUCCACUCUCUGGGGGAAUUAACAAUUCAAAGCCCAAGACAAACGGCAGCGUUCUGGCCACCACCAGAAAAAACAGUGGCAGCACCCGGAGCAGCAGCUCCGCCGAUAGCUGUGACGGUUUAUCGCUCCUCGGCCCCACCCAUUCACUCAACGAGCUCCAGGUGCUUGAACGGAGGCGGCGACCACGUCAGAUUCGCCCCAGCCAGAGAAACAGUCACAGCAACAGUUCCAGUGAGGAACUGGAGGAGCUGGACAACUUCUUUGUUGCCUGCCACACCCCGCCAAUGAUCCGACGCAGUUUCAGCUGGAACGAACGAGCUAGAAAAGUAGUGGGAGUGGCAAGUGCCGGAUAUUUGAACGCUAGUUACCAAAACCUAACUCUAUUGAACUACACGGAUAACUGGCUGCCGGCAGAGCUUCUUCAGAAGAACCACAAGAGGAGCCCAGCAGAAGAAAUGUCGAAACAAAGCAGUAAAACUUGCGGAAACUACGAGCACAUGAUAUGUAAGGGAAACUUUUUGCUGGAUGAGAUCAGCAAGGUUUAUGACAAAAACGUUUCUAUACUGACGGAUAAGCCGGUGCUGGAUACCAAGCUCUCUGCGCCAGAGGAAUGUGAUUUAAAUGCUCCGAUUGAAUGCUCGAAGGUGCAGCACGUACAGCUAAACAUAAAGCCACCGCCGCGCCAGAAACGUUUGACUCAACAGCCGCCAGCCGCCAUAACCUUUAAUGGCCUUGUUAAAACAUUUGACCAGGAUCCCACUAAUUUGCGAACCUCUUACACCCAAAGCCUAGAGCGGUGCCACCUUGACGAGCAAGAAACGGCAAAGCCUGCUUCGUACCCGCCGUCAGUCAUCUCACAACGGUUCCUGCCCAAACGGCGUUUCCAGUCCCAGACGUCGGCGGCUAUGCAGCGAAGUCUGGUAAGCAGCACGCCAAAUCUCGCGGCCAGCGACGACGGGCAGCCGGAAUCCGAGUACGAUAUCUACGUGAGCAGUGCACACGCCUCGAUGCACCAGUUGCCGCAGACAACAACGCUCCCGAAGCCGCUGGGGAUUCUGCUUCCAGCUGGAUCGCGCCAUUCUUUUGGCAAGGAGGUAAGCUUCUGCCCAGUGGUAAGCAAGUACUGUUGGCAGGAGCAGUCGUCAGAGGAGCCCACCGAGGAUCACUUUCACUCCAGCGAGGGCGAGCAGGGCCCGCCCAGCGACGACGAACAGAUGGACCCCACUUUGGUGCACAACACUAGAGAGAACGAAAACAUCGUUGCGCUCUUCGAGCCGGAGCCAGAGCAUCAUCUAAGAGAGCCGACGAUCGCACAAAAGUUUACCGGUUUCAAUACCAAAGCGCUCUUCUCCGCCUCCGCACACGCAGAGAAAAAAUCAUCAUGUGAAGAGAGCGCCAAUGUUAAAAACAAAGCAAACUUAGCCACACCCGAUUGCCGCGAUCAAAGAACCGAAGCUAAGACCACCCUAGAACCUGAGCCCGCUUUAAGCAGCACAGUCAGUCUAAAACCUUGUGCCGUUGCGAACUCGUCUUGCCGAGAAGAAACUCCGAGCGAUGUCACUGAGGAACCUGCUUCUGCGACUGCAAGACCGCUUAGCCUACCGAUCCUUAGCGAGCCGCCUACCAACCGCGCUCACCACAUCCUGUACUCAUCCCAGCAACUAAGGCGCUACGAACCGAAGGCGUCGCCGAUUAACAAGAUGCCGCCGGCCCAAGAACUUAGCGGGCAGGCCGCGGCUGUUGUGAGGACGGACGAGAAACAUCCAACCUCCAGAAGCCUCUUCUCCAGGUUCACCCACGGGCUGAGAUUCUCGUUACGUCGCAAAAAGAAGCAGCAGCAGCAAGAGCCUUCGCAGGUCAAGGCGUCGCCCGGAAAGGAGUUCAGGCAGAGCCCGGAGAGGGGCCAAUCGGUCGACUUUGUGCACAUCCCUUUAAAGCCGCAAAGAAGUUUGCAAUGUGGCCGACUGGACGAUACUGUUGUGACCGAGACAAGCAGUGGCAACGUGCACAGCUUGCAGCAACAGGAACAGCUGGGCAAGACCUCAACUCUGCAAAGGGUGACUGGCAAGCCGCCACUGCCCAAGAUGCCACCACGAAGUGGCAUCCUAACGCAUGCGCCUCAGGAAACGACUGGUGAAACUGUCAGUUGCCACCGCACCGAGGCGUUGCCGAGCGUCGAACGAGAACACUGCAAUCAGUUAACCGGACAGUUGAUGGAUAAGGUUCGAGCAACGAGAAUGCGGGACACCGGGCUCAGCUCGCAGACAGAAGUCGCCCAAGAGACACAUACGGUUAAUCGACUGACCGGACACGGCAACGCGACUAGACCGACCGUGGUUACCGCCGUUCCGGUUUCCGUUGCUCCUGUCGAAGAGGUCGACAAGAUGGGUUUGAUCGAGACCAAUCUGGACACUCAUGAAACGGUUAUAUCGGGAAAGACACGGUCUCUUAUGGAUAUAACUUACAACCCACUUAGCGUGCCACACAAGCGAUACAUCGUAAAGCGUCUAAAUGUAAACAGCGUUGCUUAUGACGUGGAUGAAUUGGACGGGAAGGUUAAACCCUCGCCUGGUGGAAUGGCAUCGGUACGCAGGCCGCACAAGAGUAUGGAAUUUCUGCUAGACAAGGAGAACCAGAAAAAUGUUUUGCCCCCUGAAAACGAACUGCAGAAAUCACAUGACCACAAUCCAGGCGCACUAAGCGAGCAUCAACUGCGCGUCCAGGCGUCGCUUCAGCGACUUAAUAUUCCUGACUGGUUCCGUCAUUACAGCAAAGGCCCCGAAAAGGCAGCAGAUGGCGAAAACGCAUGCACAAGUGCGGCUGGCGGUGGGUACCGACCUGGCAACUUUACCCGCAAACGCACACAGGAAUCGGGGCGCUGGCAAGCGCUCAACUCAAAGACGACUUCCCUCAGCUCGCUGGGAUCUCAACGCUCCGACCGAAGUCCUUUGUUGAUGAGUCCCUCAGCGCACAGCCAUCACGGCGGCCAAAGCUCCUAUUCAUGUGGGUCGACGACAAUUCACGGUCCGGCACCUGUGCAGAUAGGUAUGGGUGCCACUCGCUGGUCUACCUCGCAUCUGAAUUCCACUCAGAUGUCUCCCGGUGCCUCGCAGCGCGGAAGCUUUACGCGCGGCGCGCCCAUUAAUAGCAGCUUUAUGUCUGUGGCCAGUGGCAGCGGCUUGUUGCGCAAUUCCUACCGACAGCCGUAUUUGGGUUGGCGCAGCACAGAGAAGCUCUCCCAGCGAACGCCCCACGAACGUCUGGCCAAUUCGCUGCUGAGCCAACGGACAACUCCGCCCUCCACACGGGCAGACAAUGAAACCCGCGCCUUACAUUCUGUAUCGACAGAGAUUCAAAGCUCCAUUAAGGAAGUCACAUCCGCCAUCGUUCACUUCGUGAACGACCAGCAGCAGUCGCAACAUCCGCGGAGCCGUUCUACCAGUCCAAAUUCAAGGUGCUGGCUGGAAAGCAGCUUUGUUGGUACACGGACCCUGGACUCACCGCAAACACCCGUUAUUGACAACAGUCCGCCAGAAUUAGCACGAAAGCAGCAGCAGCUCCACCCGCACCAAGUGCAUCUGGAUGUCGGUCUGUCACCUGCAGUCUCCGCUGGUCAGCUGCCACAUCGCAUGAACGGAAUGAAUCGUAUCGGCAACGGUGGCGUACCAACACGUAAUAUAGCACCCGAACGGUCGUUAAGCAGCGCCUCGCUAGAAGAUGUACUAGCCUCGCUAUUAGGACUACCAACUGCCUUCUUAUCCGGCCAGAACAGCAAUUCCUACAGCAGCUACACUCCCAAUGCGGCGACAACAGCAGGCGCAGCUUCUCGGCAGCAGCUGGAGGUGCAAUCGGCCGCCGAGCAGCAGCGGCUUCGUCGCCGGAGUGAAGGCGACGCCCCCACGCAGGAAAAGCAAUAUUCCAAGGAGCAACCCCAUACGUCCAACUCGCAUUCAGUUGAAGCUGUAGACAGUGCCCAGCCAAAUAACCCCAAAGAGAGCCGGCGGGCAUCGCUUGGUGACCCCGACUUCGCAGCUACACGGUCGGAAACAGGAAGCGGACAGCUGCAACUCAUCGAGGGACCGAAGACGGGCUUUGGAUCGGGACAACAUGUUCGCUGCCGCAACAGCAAGUGUGACCAGAGUACCUCUCCCAGCGAUGCAAAGAAGCUCUACAAGUCGUGUCACAAUUGUUCCCAUUUAUACUGUUCGCGUGAGUGUCGGCGGGCACACUGGGAGAAGCAUCGGAAGGCUUGCCUGCACUCGCGUGCCUCCAAUAUUUGUCGCCAGGUGCUGGCCACGUGCAAGGACGACAUCGACUCGCAGCGCCAUCUGAGUCUUUUAGCCCGCAAAGGCAGCCUUUCUCAGGGACGUGGCGUUGUGCGUGUGCUUUUUCGUAGUGCCGAGGCGGCGGAAGGAUUCAUUAAGAACGGGUUCCAGUGCAUGGGGGAGGCUUCGUACGUACGUUGGCCAGACCUUAUGCCCGCCGAGAUGGGCCUGGAGUUAUACUCAGAGCUUCUUAAGCUCAGCACGGAGUACAAGCCGGAAACCAAGAUGCUCAUUUACGUUGCUAUUUGCGUGGUAUCCGAGGCACCGGGAAUGGGACAGGCACCUGUGCGCUGGGAACGCCAACUGGUGAGUCGUUGUGCCAAACUGAAACUCUGCAAGACAGUUCUGGCUGAACUAGAGCAACAUCAGGCGGCGCUCCUGCAACCGGUGUCUGUUGUGCCAGUGCCGGAGCGGACGGAAAUCCUCAUUCUAACUUUCAAUCCCGGACAGCAUAGUAAUAGAGAGCUGAUCCUUUCAAAUAUUCUGGAAAUUUUGAUAAGGCGCGGCGUCAUGCUAAGCAAGCACUAUCCGGAGGUCUUCGAGCGCCUGCAAACGUACUCUGAGGGACAGAGUGACAAGUUUAAUCCGGUGACACUGCAUCCACGGGACACACAAACUGGCCAAAACUUUGUAUGCAUCAUUAUGGCGGUGCACACGGACAAUGAACUAACGAAGCUUCCAUCAGCAGCGGAUGGCGGCAAUCGAGUUACUACCAUAGAUGUAGGAUCUCCUGCGGCUCUCGUGCAACUGGAACUAGGCGAUGAUCAGAUUUUCAAAACCAAGUCCAGAGACAGUUGA